AUGUCGGUCGCCGAAAAGGCCCGCUUCUACUUGGAGCGCUCUGUUCCUCAAUUGCGAGAAUGGGAGGAGAAGGAGAUCUUCACAAAGGAUGAGAUCCGUACAAUCGUUCAAAAGCGCAGCGACUACGAGCACCGCAUCCUCGCCCCUCGCUCCAACCCCGACGACUUCAGCGCCUACGCGAAGUGGGAACAAUCUCUCGAGUCCCUCCGCCAGAAACGGUGCAAGAGGAUGAAGAUUGGGCAUGUGACGUCCCAGCACACCAGUCAGUCGCGCGUUCUCGCCAUCUACGACCGCGCCGUCAGCAGACACCCUGGAAGGAAGGAUUUGUGGCUGGAGUACCUCGCGUACACCGCCGAGGUCAAGGCCACGAAGCGCUGGCGACGCACCAUGGCCAGCGCUCUCCGCAUGAUGCCCACCGAUGCCGACCUGUGGAUAUUCGCCGGCCGACGCUCGGCUUCCAAUGGAGACAUGGGCGGCGCGAGAGGAUACUUUAUGCGCGGGUGCCGCUUCUGCACGACCGAGGGCAUCCUCUGGAUCGAGUACGCGCGGUGCGAGAUGGAGUGGUUGGCCAAGAUGCAGGCCAAGAAGGGCAGCAGCAAGAAGAAGGCCGAGCAGGAGAACCCCCUGGCAGGCGAGAAGAUGGACGACGACGACGAAAUCAAGCUCAUCGACGAGGACGAGGAUGAGGAGGACGACGACGACGUCCUGAGCCUGCCGGUGCCCGGCAAGGAGAAGAAGGCGAUCAAUGAGGAAGAGAGCAAGGCACUCAAGCACAAUCCGGCCCUGGACGGCGCCAUACCGAUGGCCAUUUUCGACAUCUCGAGAAAACAGCCCUUCUUCAACCUAGAGGUUGCCGAAAAGUUCUUCGACAUGUUUGCCUCCUUUAGCAAGGUUUCAUCCACUUCCAAGGUCAUCCAGCACAUCGUCGACACGAUGAGAGAGCAGGAUGCCGCCCACCCGGCUACGUGGAACUGCUACAUCCGCCUGCCCCUCAUCGGCAUCAGCCCCGACACGCCCGAGUUCCCUCUCGGCCUUCGCGAGGUUCUGUCCCGUCUGGGCAAGGGCCUGGACGAGACGUCCGACAGGCCCGCCCUGGAGAGAAAGUCUCUGGUGUGGAUCGAGCUGGUGCUCCUCUUCAAGGGUCUCGACGAGGGUAUCAGAACGGUUUUGGAGCAUACGAGGGGCAAGUUGCAGUCAUAG